CGCGGAAGGAGAUGAGGGGGCAAUUGGAUUCCGGAGGGAAAUAGCCCGAGGGGGCGGCGGAGCCCAUGGAGUCCCCUCCGGUGGUGGUCGGGCAGCGGGUACGGGCCGUGCUGGAUGUGGCCUUGCGGGUUCCCUCUCUCUUUAUCACGGACGCCAUCCUGAACUUGCCCCACGAUGCCUCUGCCGGCUUCCUGUCACUGCUGCUGCAGCUGGCGCUCAGACUGCUGGGUGUUGUGGCAUCCAUUGUUGUGCUGGUGUUGUCUCGCAGAGCACUUUUCAAGUUCUACAUGAUCACGGCGGCCCUAGCGCUGGCUGCAACUUCAGUGUUGGUCAGUUACUAUGCCACCUUGCACUUGAACUUUUCCCGUGCCUCCUACUCCGCGGCUUUGGGGCUUGAAUUUCUUCCUUCCAACGGACCUUCCCUAUGGAUGACGCUUAUUGUAUUACAACUUAUUUUUGGCAUUGGUUUCAUCACGUUACUCCAGGUCCAGUCCUACUCCCAGCUAAUAAUACUUGACCUGCUGAUCCCCACAGUUGGCUUUAUAAUAGAACUUCCACUCGGCGUGCAACAAAUUUUGGUUUUCAUUUCUGCCCUCGUUCUCAUACUCUACACUGUAGCUUGCUUGGCUUUCCGCUUCAGAUGGUUCUACUACUCAACGAAAUAUACCGUGCUCCUCCUCAAGCACAUGUACCAAGUGUAUGGAAUACAGCUCAUGGUUGAGGAUGCUUGGAAAAAGAUUCACUUCCCAGACGUGCUGCGCGUUUUCUGGCUGACGCGCUUAGCGACCCAAGCCGUGUUCUUAUUCUACGUGGUCAGAGAGUCGAGCAGCGACGCGGGAGAGGUUUCUUACUUUAUACCUUGGAAUGACCUUUCGGAACUUGUGUGCAACCUAAUUAUCAAUGGCUGCGAUUCCACCCUAACAGUAUUGGGAAUGAGCGCGGUGAUCUCGUCAAUUGCCCAUUACUUGGGCCUGGGAAUUCUAGCCUUCAUCGGGUCGACGGAGGAAGAGGAUAAGCGGCUCGGCUUUGUGGCACCAGUGCUGUUCUUCAUAUUGGCUCUCCAAACUGGACUGAGUGGGUUGAAACCGGAGGAACGACUUGUCCGCCUUUGUCGAAACAUGUGCCUUUUGUUAACAGCAGUCUUGCAUUUCAUCCACGGAAUGACUGACCCCGUGCUAAUGUCACUUAGUGCCUCCCAUGUGUCAUCGUACCGCAGGCACCUUCCAGUAUUGCUGGUUUCUGUUUGCCUUUUUGUUCUUCCAGUUCUGCUCAGUUGUGUGCUGUGGCACUACUAUGCACUUAACACAUGGCUGUUUGCCGUCACGGCAUUCUGCGUAGAGCUUUGCUUGAAAGUCAUUGUUUCUCUGACAGUCUACACACUGUUUAUGAUUGACGGUUACUACAGCGUGCUGUGGGAAAAGCUCGACGACUACGUCUACUACGUGCGCUCAACUGGUAGUAUUAUCGAAUUCAUCUUCGGAGUAAUCAUGUUCGGAAAUGGGGCCUACACGAUGAUGUUUGAAUCUGGCAGCAAGAUCCGGGCAUGCAUGAUGUGUCUGCACGCUUACUUCAACAUCUACCUGCAAGCCAAGAACGGGUGGAAGACCUUCAUGAACCGGAGGAAAGCUGUGAAAAAAAUAAACUCGCUUCCAGAAGUCAAGGGUUCGGAAUCACGAGAGAUAGACGACGUGUGUGCGAUCUGCUACCAAGAGUUCCACACCUCUGCCCGUAUUACCCCAUGCCACCAUUACUUUCAUGCCCUUUGCCUUCGCAAGUGGUUGUACAUACAAGACACUUGUCCUAUGUGCCAUCAGAAAGUAUAUAUCGACGAUGAUUCAAAAGAGAACGCCUCUGUAUCCAACAAUAAUGGUUUUGUGGCGCCCAACGAGGAACCCGCGCAACCCGACGCUGAUCGGGAGGCGGAUCAGGAACUCGAGGAGCAAAACCUCAGCGAAGACGACAGCGUGGAGUGCGACGACGAGGAAUGGACGACAGAACCGCACAACUCCACUUCUGAGGAACACGUCAGCGACGAUACAGACUCUCUUGGGGAAUAAGCAUUAUUUAAUUGCGUUUUUUUUGCCUUUGUGUGUCUAAAUCAUUAAGGUGUUUGAAAUCCAGAUCAGAGAAUUUUUUUCUUUUUUUUUUUUUCUACAUCCGAAAGCACAAAAUCAGAAUCUCGAGGCCAGGUCUGGAUGGAUAGUUCUUGUUAAGUGCUACUGUAAAUAUUCCUUUUGGUCUCUGUUGUGACCUAAUUAAAUGUGUACAUUCUUGUACAUGGAAUAAAACUUUGAAUUUGCA